AUGAUGGCAGACUCCAGACUUAGAGGCAUUAAAAUACAAACAGGUGUUGUAAGGAGGCUGACAAAGGAGAAAGAAAGCUAUGAAAAAGAAGCAGUUUAUCUAGCAGAAAGACUAGAAAAGAUGAAGGCAGAUGGCAAGGAUGAACAUGACAUCAGAAAGCAGGGUGAGGUGCUUCAAGAAUCACGAUGCAUGAUCCCAGACACAGUUAAAAGGUUGAAGAAGGCUUACAGAGAGCUAUCUGAACUUCUGGAUAAAGAGGCUGACCUGGCAGACACCGAAGAGUUCACCACUGCCAGGGAAAUACUCAAGGUUGCAGACCCCUAUGUCACAUAG